AUGCACAUUCCCAUCCCGGAUCGCAGCCCAAACGCCCGGAAUGGCGACGCCGACCCCCCCAGGACGCCGACCGACGACGAGAUAUCCCGGCAGCUGCUCGCGUACGCCGCGCCCACCGACAGCACCAAGAACGUGUGGGCAUUCUGGCACUCGGGCUACGCGUCGAUGCCGGCGUGGUGUCGGCGCAACGUCAUCAACUGGGUGCGGCGGCUGGGGCCGACCUGGACGGUGCGGGUGCUCGACAGCAUUCCGGGCUCGCCCACCAACGCCUCGCGCUUCGUCGGGCCCGACUUGCUCCCGCGGGGGGCGUUCGCGGCGGCGACCACGCCCUCGGGAAGCAAGCAUGCCGGCGUGCAUGCCGGCGACGCGGUGCGGCUGCCGCUGCUGCAGCUGUACGGCGGGGCGUGGAUGGACGUGGGCACGAUCCUGAUCCGGCACCUGGACGACGUGUGGGACGUGCUGGACGACGCGUCGACGCCGUACGAGCUGGCGGCCAUGACGAUGCCGCUGCGGGGCAGGGGCGAGGCGGAGACGGCGAUGAACGGCUUCCUGGUCGUCGCGCGCCGGGCCAACGCCUUCGUCACGCGCUGGCACCGCAUCUACCUUGGAUUGUGGGCCGACGGCGACGCGGCCGACGCCACUGGCUUCCACCGUCACCGGCUGCUGCGCCAUCUGCUGCUGUACACGCCUUCGCGUCUCUUCGCCGUCUCGCCCGAGGCCUUUACCGACUACGUGGCCCACAUGCUGUGUGCGGAGCGGCUGCGGGACCUGCGGUGUCGUGAUGAUGGCUUCGAUGGCCGCCGCUACUAUGAGAACAAUGUCUUCCUGCUGCCGAGCUUCCGGGAGAUGUUUCGGCUGCAGGAAUGGUCGGGCUGGGACGGGGAAAAGGAGUUCGACGUCCUUUCUACACGCUUGGAUGAUGUCGCAAACCCCCGAGUGACAAGCCAUGCGCGAGACCUCGCACAUGACCUGCUCGAGAACUCAGUCGUGAUCAAGCUUUCUCACGGGCCCAAGGGAGGAUCCGCGACAACCUGGCUUGCGGAUCUCUGGGAUGAUCCACGCCACUGCCAUGCCGAUGACGAGCCGGGAACGUUGGCGGCGUACUUGAGGGAAAGCAUUCUCAGCUAUGACCAUAAACGACGCUUGGUCCCCGCCAAAGUCGGGACUCUCGAGGCACCCGUGCGGGAGGCUGGGUUGCUGGAGCCAUGCGGAACUGUGGUUGGGUGA